AUGGCAAGUUAUGAAGAGAUGAUACAAGCGGCUAAGAACUCCUGCCCUGAACUCGGCGAGCUUCCUCCGGGUUGGAGUUUUGACUUUGCGACUAAAGAGGACAAUCGCAUCUUCUUCAUCAGGGAUGGAAAAAAAGACGCCAACACCUUUAAUCAUCCAUCCAGAGGACCACUGCCGAAGAACUGGGUCCUAAAAUUGGUGAAAUUCGAUGACGGUAUCUGGAAAACAAUAUAUUACAAUAGAGAGACACGCGAAAAGAGCCGACAAGACAUUCGCAACAGAGAAACGCCUAAAGCCGACAAAAGCAAGGAUCUUUGGGGGGCGUCCAGUUCGGUCGUGGUCAAAAGUCAGGCUGAUUUCGAAAACUUCCAACGUGAGCCGGUACUCACUUACGACGUUGAAAAUAGAUUCAAACUGGUUCAUGCUAUCGAUGCGGGAGACGGAACCCUUGGUCAGUUCAAUGGCGGCGUGUUUGUAGUGAAACUUGCUGAAGUACCGGGUAAGCUAUUCAUUCAGAAGAAGUUCAAAGCAGAUAAAUCGAGUAUAGAUAUGGCCAAAACCGAAAUCAAAUUGUUACGCAAGUGCAUGCACUAUUCCCUAACCAGCUACCAUGCCGCCUUCAUUGACGAGAAGAGCCUUCGCCCAAGCGCAUCUCUUUAUAUCGAAUUCUGCGACCGAGGAUCCCUACGAGAUUUACUAGAACAGUAUUCUAAACGGAGAAAUGAUCGGGAACCUCCUACUAUACCGGAAGCAUUCAUCUGGCAUGUCUUCAUUGGACUGAUGGAUGGUCUUGCAUACCUACAAACAGGUCGCUACUGCUUAAGUGACCCGCAGACAACUGUCAAAUCUGGAUGGACACCAGUUUUACAUCGCGACAUCAAGCCAGACAACGUCUUGCUUCGCUCUCGCUCCACUCCUGGUUCGAAAAAAUACUUCUACUGCAUCAUCAGCGAUUUUGGCCUUGCAUGCGAGAAUCCAAAAGUAUACACAGGUUACCAACAUCCCGACAGCCAACAACGCCAUGGUACCAUCUGCGGCACACCUGUCUACCUAGCCCCCGAACUAAACCAUUACCCAUACGCCAAAAACUCACACCAACAAAGCUACUUCCCAAAAGGCCAAUUCCACACCAGUAAAUCCGACGCCUGGGCCGUAGGAGCCUGCGUCUACUCCCUCGCCCAAGCCCCGAACGCCAACGUCGACCUCUGCCACAUCGACAUGAAAGCUCCGCCUAACGUCGACCCAGGCAUUUGGAUGGCAGGCCUCGCAGCGAAACAUAAAGUCGGAGAGCUCAAACCGCCACCGAGAUACACGGAACAUCUUAAAAACGCGCUAUUAUAUGUCACGCGCGAGAACCCGAUACAGAGACCGGAGCCCGCGGUUGCGAUUAAGGAGCUUCAGAGGCUUAAUAAGUUGUCUGGCUGGACGCAUUAUGAGAGUUCGCCGCCGUUGCCGGAGUGGGCUACGAGGACUCAUGAGUAUUUUUCUAUGGCGGAGAGGAUGAGGUAG